AUGGCAAAAACCUUCUGGGAAUAUGGCCAAAACCUUAUGGGAAUGAUGGCAAAAAUCGCUCUGCUCCUGAGGAUGAGCACCUUGAUCCUCCUGCUCGUGUUUUCCGUCGGGAACGCCGGAUCCCAGCCGGAGCUGCCCCGGCGGCGCCUGGCGUGCGUGCGGUGCUGCGGCGCCUCGGAGCGGCCCGUGGUGACCCAAAGAUCCGCCAGGAUGAGCGGAGAUCCCCAAUAUUCCGUGCCCAAAAUCCGGCCCACCAUCGACAUCACCAUCCUCAAAGGCGAGAAGGGCGAGAUGGGCGAGCGGGGCCUCCCGGGAGCCGUGGGCAAGGCGGGAGAGCGCGGGACUCGGGGCCCCAGCGGCCACAAGGGCCAGAAGGGCCAGCCCGGGCCUCAGGGCCACUCGUGCAAGCAGCAAUUCGCCGCCUUCUCCGUGGGCCGCCGCAAGCCCCAGCACAGCUCCCACUACUUCCAGCACGUCACCUUCGACACCGAGUUCGUCAACCUCUACCAGCACUUCAACAUGUUCUCCGGAAAGUUCUUCUGCUACGUGCCGGGCGUUUAUUACUUCAGCCUCAACGUGCACACCUGGAAUUUCAAGGAGACCUACGUGCACCUGAUGAGGAACGAGGAGGCCGUGGCCGUCCUCUACGCCCAGCCCAGCGACAGGAGCAUCAUGCAGAGCCAGAGCCUGAUGCUGGAUCUGCAGGAAGGGGAUGAGGUUUGGAUCAGGAUGUUCAAGAGGGAGAGGGAAAACGCCAUCUACGGCGAGGAGUCGGAUGUUUACAUCAUCUUCAACGGGCACCUGGUCAAACCCGCCCUGGAGUAGGAGCUGCUCAGCUCCAGAGGCACCCAGCAGGGUCUUCCCUCUAGGAGUGCACCUCUGAUUCCAUCUGGAAUGGUUGCAGCCCCUGGAAGAGUUGGGUUUUUUGGUUUUUUUCCACAUCUGCGCGGAUCCAAGCUGAGCAAGAAUU